UAUCACAAAUAAAUCUGUGGUGGUAACUGAAGAAACUGAGAAACAUGAUUUGUUCUUUCAGUUUCGAAUAAGUUUAAUAUAAAUUGUAUGUUUACUAUUUUAUUACAAAAAUGACAAGCGAUAGUUCAAAUACUGAAAGUCAAGCUGCUCGUCAGGAAUUGGUUAGAACUGCUGUCAGCUUUCUUCAGAAUCCAAAAGUCCAAAAUACACCUUUAGCUAAAAAGCAAGAAUUUUUACAGCGGAAGGGCCUCACAAAUGAUGAAAUUAAAAAAGCAUGUGAACUAUCUGGAGCUUAUCAGCAACAUGAACAACAAAUGAAGAUACCUCCACCAUUACCUAUUGCUAUGAAUGGAAAUCAAUUACAAUUAACUUUUUUUCAUAAGCUUAAGGAAAUUUUACACAACCUAGCAGUUUUAAGCAUCGUUGGUUAUACACUUUAUAAAUUAUAUCAGAGAUUCAUUGCUCCUUAUUUAUUUGGUAGAAAAAAGUCUGUAGAUGAAUCGAUAGAAAAAUUGGAUAAAGAAUUCAAGAAGUCGGUAGCUGAAUUAAAAACGAGUUUAGAUAGUGUAAAAAUUGAAGUAGAUAAGAUAAGCCAAAAUUCUGAUUGGAAUAAUGAGAGAUAUCUUUCUGACAUUAAAUCUGAUUUAUCUACAGUUAAAGGUUUAUUACUUGGAAGAAAACAGUUCCCUAGCGUAUCAAAUAGCCCAGUAGUACCACCAUCUAUACCUGCAUGGCAGAUGUCUAGUGUAGCAGAUGCUUCUGAUGGUGAUACUGAUCAUAAAACUGAGGAUAUAGAGGAAGUUGGGUCAGGUAGUGGAUCUUCCGAACCAGAACACUAUACAAAAACUAGCGAGUCAAGUCUAGAAAUAUUGUCAUUACCAAAGGAUUGUGAAAAUGUGUCCUAUUCAUGUAAGGAAGACCAAGUCUAAACAAAAGGCAAAACUGACUUGUUCAUAAUGAUAUAAUUUAAGUCAUCUUUAUUUGUAAUAUAUGUAUAUUUUCUGAUUAUAGACGUGGUAUAAAUCUAUGAGAAAAUUUUAUUGUUGAAAUGUUGGAUAAAUAUACAAGGAGAACUUUUGAUAGUUUAUUGAA